AUGCAACUAAAAUCUUCUGAAAUUUAUUCUCUUUUAUCUUCUAAAAGAAAUUUUGAAUCAAUUUAUUUGAAUUUUACAAAUAGUGAAUUUGCUCAUAAAUUUGAAAUAAAAACAUUUAUUGAUUUUUUAGUUAAAAACAACUCAGACCAUUUAAUUAGUUUUGAAUAUCUUCCAGUUUAUGAUAUUUGCCUUGGCUCAGAUAUUGAUUUGGUUUUGUUUAAUAAUUGCUUUAAAUUAAAAAAAUUAAUUCUAUACAGAACCACAAUUACAAAUAUUUCAGAUUUAUCAAUUGAAAAUUCUUGCUCAAUUUUAACCAAAUUAGUAUUGCGUGAUAAUCAAAUCAUAAAGAUUGGAAAUUUAACAAAUCUAUCUCAUUUAACAUUUUUAACUUUAAUAUUCAAUAAUAUCACUGAUAUGGACAAUUUAUCCAAUCUAAUUAAUUUAAAAUACCUAAACUUAUCAUUUAAUAAAAUUAACAAAAUUAAUUAUUUGUCAAAUUUAGUUAAUCUAGAAUACUUAAAUUUAUCUGCUAAUCUAAUUGAAAAAAUUGAAAAUAUUUCAAAUUUAAUUAAUUUAACCUAUUUAAAUUUCUCCUUUAAUAAAAUUCAAAAAAUUCAAAACUUAUCAGGUUUGGAUAAUCUUAUUUAUUUGAAUAUUUCAAAUAAUGAACUCACUGAUAAUCAAUAUAUAAAUGGUUUGAAAAACUUGAGAAAUUUAAUUUUGGAAGAUAAUAAAAUUAACGAAUUAUUUUUGAAUUUGAAAAAACUAGAUUUAACCUCAAACAAAAUUUCAAAUUUGGGCAAUUUAUCCAAAAUUACUAAUCUCGAAGUAUUAGAAUUAACUGGAAAUAAAAUCGAAAAAGUUGAUAGUAAACUUGAAAUUCUUAAUAAUUUGAAAGAGCUAAAUCUAUCAUAUAAUCGAAUCAGCGUUUUUAAUUCAAAUUGUGAUGGUUUUAAAAAUCUUAAUACGUUACAUUUGGGUUACAACAAUCUAACCAAAUUUGAGAUUCAAAAAAAUUCUUACAAAAAUUUGGUUGAGUUAAAUAUUAGCGGUAAUCAGCUAAAAAAAAUUGAUUUUGUUUGUUUCAAUGUUUCUGAAUCAAGUAAUGGUUUUUACUUGCCAAAAAUUAAAGAACUUUAUUUGGAUUUCAAUAAAAUACAGAGCAUGUCGUGGUUGAAGGUUAUAUCACCUAGUCUUUUGAUUCUUACAUUAUUUCACAAUCAAUUAGUAUCGAUUAAAAAACUAGAAAAUUUAAGGCAAUUAAAAACGUUAAAUGUAUUAAACAAUCCAAUUGAAGAUUCAAAAAAUUUAAAUUUUUAUCCGGAAUUGCUUAAGGAACCUAUAGGGAUAGACUGGAGUCUUUUGUACGACCUUAUGUAA